AUGUGUGCGUAUGGUGAUACAAGAGAUAUUAUUCAAGCUCGAGAGAUUUCCAAUUGCCUGAAAGGUCACGAUUUCCCACGAAUAGGAAGCCUGGCCACCGGCAUGCACGGGAGUUCUCAUCACAAUUCGGGAUUUGAACCUGACUCAACUUACCAUGCUAGCGCAUAUUUGCUUUUGAUAUCAGAUCUGGGGCAAGAUAAGCGGCACGGUUCCGAAUUAUUGGAAGGUCAUGGUAGGAAUGGUCUGAUUGAUCGUGUUGCGGUAGUACGGAACUGUGGCGUUCCCGGGUUGUACCUCGUGAUAUGUUCGCAGAUCUAA